AAUACUUUUUAAGUGUUUUUAACAGCAAUUCAAUAUGUCCACUGCUACUAUUCGCACACGCAAAUUCAUGACCAACCGUUUGCUUUGCAGAAAGCAAAUGGUAUGCGAUGUCAUCCACCCCGGUUUGGCUUCCGUAAGCAAAACCGAAAUCCGCGAGAAGCUCGCCGCUAUGUACAAAGUUACACCUGAUGUGUGCUUCGUCUUCGGUUUCCGCACCGCUUUCGGUGGUGGCCGUUCCACUGGCUUUGCCUUGGUGUACGACACCUUGGACUUCGCCAAGAAGUUCGAACCCAAAUAUCGUUUGGUCCGUCAUGGUUUGAUGGAAAUCAAGAAACAGACCCGCAAGCAACGUAAGGAACGUCGCAACAGGAUGAAGAAGGUCCGUGGUACCGCCAAAGCAAAGAUCGGUCAAGCCGCCAAGAAGUAAAUACUGUACUCUUACAAAUUGCUGCAUCCAAUUUCAAGAAUAUUUAUUGUGUAUAUAUUUUUGGAGUGAUGCUAAAAUCAUUUCCAAUGAAAUGGUUAAAAGUGGACACAUGUUUUUUUGUAUUUUAAGUAAAAUAAAUUGAAAAAAUUCAAAUUAUUUUGAAUGUAAUUCAUAAAACAA